AUCUCAAGGUUGUUGCAGCCUCCACACAUUUAAAGGGAGAAAGAAAGAGACAGAGAGAGAGAGUCACAGAAAGAGAAAGAGAGGAAAAUGGGAAGGUGGGCAAUCGCUGUGCAUGGUGGUGCUGGUGUUGACCCAAAUCUCCCUCUCCAGCGUCAGGAAGAAGCAAAGCAACUCCUCACUCGCUGUCUCAAUCUUGGCAUCUCUGCUCUCACUUCCAACCUCUCCGCCAUCGAUGUCGUCGAACUUGUGGUGAGGGAAUUGGAAACAGAUCCAAUCUUCAACUCUGGUCGUGGAUCUGCCCUGACAGAGAAAGGGACUGUGGAAAUGGAGGCUAGCAUCAUGGAUGGCCCCAAGAGAAGAUGCGGUGCCGUUUCAGGUGUCACCACCGUCAAGAACCCCAUCUCUCUGGCUCGCUUGGUCAUGGACAAAUCCCCACAUUCCUAUCUCGCAUUCGACGGUGCUGAGGAUUUCGCCAGGAAACAGGGUGUGGAGCUUGUGGACAACGAGUACUUUAUCACCCCUGACAAUGUUGGCAUGCUCAAGCUGGCAAAGGAAGCAAAAGCAAUCUUGUUUGACUACAGAGUUCCAACAACUGCGUACGAGACAUGCGGUGCAGGCGUUGAGAGCCCACUGUACAUGAACGGAAUGCCAAUCAGUGUGUACGCCCCGGAGACAGUGGGGUGCGUGGUAGUGGACCGCGAAGGGAGGUGCGCGGCCGCCACAUCAACCGGUGGGCUCAUGAACAAGAUGACCGGUCGAAUCGGUGACUCACCCCUCAUUGGUGCGGGGACCUACGCAUGUGACGUUUGUGGUGUCUCAUGCACCGGAGAAGGCGAGGCCAUCAUACGUGGCACGCUGGCGCGUGAGGUGGCAGCUGUCAUGGAGUACAAGGGCUUGGGCCUCCAGCAGGCUGUGGACUUUGUCAUCAAGCAUCGUUUGGAUGAAGGCUUGGCGGGCCUCAUCGCCGUGUCCCACACCGGUGAAGUGGCUUAUGGUUUUAACUGCAACGGCAUGUUCAGGGGCUGUGCCACUGAGGAUGGGUUCAUGGAGGUUGGAAUAUGGGAAUGAAUGAACGAGUGAAUAGCAUGUUUGAUUCCACACUUGGUUAGAAGCUACAAGUUUUAACUUCUAUACCGAUCGUGAAACCAAACAUGCAUGCAGCGAAUCAAGACAUGGGCUGACUAUCUUUUUAUUUUUUCUUCUUUGCUUUAAUUUGUUUCAGUUUAGUUGGGGGUGGGUGGGGCACACUUAGUUGUUUCAUUGCAACUUGUGUUCUGUUUGAUUUGAAUUGGUACAAGGUCCCGGUGCUGUAAUUAUUUAGUUCUUUUCAGGGGAUAGAAACAUGUGAAAUAAUAGUGGAAGUAACUGUUUGGUUCUUUUGUUAAUAAAAAAGCUAGUGACAGACCCCCCAAAACAA